AUGACCCUUUCAUAACCUCAAAAAGGCUCAUGCUUGUUUUAACCCAAAUCGUUUAAAAGUUUUUGUCAAUUCCACAACAGCCCCAAAAUGUCGUGGAUAUUCGGUUACGGGAGGAACAAGGAUCAGGCUCCCGAUUUGUCCCAAAUGGGACUCGGAGUACCCGGUGGUGCCGGAGGUACCGGUGAUUCCGGUGGGGACGUACCCAAAGACUCGAACCUCACCAGGGCAGAAAGGAGGCAAAUGGAGGCCUACAGGUUCGAUUCGACCGCUUUGGAACGUGCUGCACAAGCUGCUAAGGAAUUGGAGAAGUCUAAACAUGCCAAAGAAGCCCUAGAACUCUCAAAACUGCAAGAAUCCACCAGACAAGUAGAACAACAAGCAAAAAUCAAAGAAUAUGAAGCGCACAUUGCACAAAUGCAAAUCGAAGGCAAAAGGGCUGAGGCAGAAGAAAAAAGAAAGCUACUGCAGGAGGAAACGAGACAGCACCAAGCCAGGGCCCAAUACCAAGACCAACUGGCCAGAAAGAGAUACGAUGACCAGCUGGCUCAGCAGCAAAGGAUGAACGAUGAAAGUUUAAGGAGGCAAGAGGAAUCUGUGGCUAAACAAGAGGCCAUGAGGAAGGCCACUAUAGAACAUGAAAUGGACUUGAGACAUAAGAAUGAGAUGAAGAGGGUGGAGGCUGAACUUAGGGCCAAAGCAAAAGUUGAUAGGGAGAAUCGGGAUCUUACAUUGGAGCAAAUAAGAUUGAAGGCGCAAGAAAAUCGAGUUACGGUGUUGGAAAGUAUCAAGACUGCUGGAACUGUAAUAGGAGCAGGGGCACAAGCAAUGUUAACCGACUGGAAUAAAGUACUGACAGCCGCCGGGGGGCUCACUUUACUAGCCCUCGGCGUAUAUUCCGCCAAAGGAGCCACCACCGUCACUGCCAGAUAUAUCGAGUCUCGAUUAGGAAAACCAUCGCUGGUGCGAGAAACUUCCAGAUUCUCCUUGCUAGAAGCCGCCAAGCAUCCCAUCGAAACGUUAAAAAGGCUUAAAAACAAAGAGGGGGAUGUUCUUCAGGGUGUCGUUCUGGCCCCAAAGAUCGAAGAGAGGCUAAGGGACAUCGCUAUAGCGACUAAAAACACUAAACAAAACAGGGGAAUGUACCGGAAUAUUUUGAUGCACGGCCCUCCCGGUACCGGUAAAACCAUGUUUACAAAGAAAUUGGCCAAACAUUCGGGGAUGGAUUACGCGAUUUUAACGGGCGGUGACAUCGCCCCCAUGGGUAAAGACGGCGUGACCGCGAUCCAUAAAGUGUUCGAUUGGGCCACGACCACUAGGAAGGGGCUGUUGCUGUUCAUCGAUGAAGCCGACGCAUUUUUAAGGAAAAGAUCCUCCGAAAACAUUUCUGAAGAUCUUAGGGCAACUUUGAACGCCUUUUUGUACAGAACUGGUGAACAGAGCAACAAAUUCAUGCUCGUCCUGGCCUCUAACACCCCGGAACAGUUCGAUUGGGCCGUAAACGAUCGUCUCGACGAAAUGGUGGAAUUCCAAUUGCCCGGGUUGGCGGAGAGGGAACGACUGAUCCGAUUGUACUUCCAAAAGUUCGUUUUGGAACCGGCCACGGAGGGCACAAGGCGUUUGAAGGUGGAUAACUUCGACUAUGGCGCCCUUUGUUCGAAGAUGGCUGAAAUGACUGACGGCAUGUCGGGUAGGGAAAUCGCCAAGUUGGGGGUGGCGUGGCAGGCGGCCGCUUACGCCUCCGAAGACGGCGUGCUCACCGAGAAAAUGGUUUUGGAUAUUGUGCAAGAUCACGUGAGGCAACACAGACAAAAGGUCGAGUGGCAAUCGGAACAAGAAAAACGCGAAUCAAAGAGCAUUUACCACUCGGAAAAAGAAGAUUCUUACAUCCCAGUAGCUCCGAAGGCGAUCGAGUACAAAGAGCCUCUAGCGAUAGAAUACCCAGAGAAAAAGGAGCAGGAGGACACCACCAAAGUUUCGGACAGUAAAAAAACGAAAAAAAAAUUGUAAUUUCGUUUAGAAAUAUAUAAGGUGGACUAAAUGGUGUUUUCUCGGUCCAAGAGGUUGUUGUUGUAUGGAAACCGGAGUGGACUGUUUUCGGUGUGUGGUCUCAACCAAGAGACUUAGAGUUGCAUUUGUAUGUUUUUGUUUGAAUGAACUCUCGUUUUAAUGUUUCGUAGUAUGAAAUACACUUCUACGAAGAUUUGCAAACUAUUUAUAGAAUAAACCAGAAUAAAUUGUGAUAAUAUAUGGACGCGAGCCAAGGAAGAUGUUGAUUUUAUUCCGGAAAGCGUUCGAUUCUUUUUAAGUACCUUUUUUUGUUAGUACGGUUUUACUCAAAAUGGUGUAAAUCUUUAAGAGUUUUUAAAAUACAUUCGUUUAAAAUGUUA